AUGGGUAGCCAAAUCUCUGUUCUGCAGAACCGCAUAGAACAGCUGGAGCAGCUACUGGAGGAGAACCACCAGAUCAUCAGCCACAUCAAGGACUCCGUUCUGGAGCUGACCGACUCUGGCGCUGUGUCCCCCAGCGGACAGCUGCCCUUCCGUAGUGCCAAUGGUUCCUGGGUCCUGCCCUUUGAUGGACGCCCCACCUUUCUCUCCGUCAAGCCCCAAGACUGCCAGUUCGCCCAGGGUCGACGCGGACCUACCGACCUGCAGAUGCUAGACAUAUACUCCCUGUUGAUGUUUGACAAUGUGGAUGGGGGUGUGUGGAAACAGGGCUUUGAGAUCACCUAUGAGCCUGGGGCGUGGGACAAUGAACCGCUGCAGGUGUUUGUGGUCCCUCACUCCCACAACGACCCAGGCUGGAUCAAGACAUUUGAUAAGUACUACACAGAUCAGACGCAGCACAUCUUCAACAACAUGCUGGUCAAGCUGACUGAGGACCCACGCAGGAAAUUCAUUUGGUCUGAGAUCUCCUUCUUCGCCAAGUGGUGGGAGAGUGCCGACAUGCACAAGCCAUGCGCCUGUCGCAGGCUAAUCCUGGGAGGGCAGCUGGAGAUGGUGACCGGAGGUUGGGUUAUGACUGAUGAGGCCAACGUUCACUACUUCGCCAUGAUUGACCAGCUCAUAGAGGGCCAUCAGUGGCUGGAGAAGAACGUGGGUGUGACCCCUCAGUCGGGUUGGGCGGUGGACCCCUUUGGCCACAGUGCCACCAUGGCCUACUUGCUGAAGAGGGCCAACCUGACCAGCAUGCUCAUCCAGAUGGUCCACUACUCCAUCAAGAAGCACUUCGCCACCAGCUGCAGCCUGGAGUUCAUGUGGAGGCAGUCGUGGGACCAGGAGUCGGGCACGGACAUCUUCUGCCACAUGAUGCACUUCUACAGUUAUGACGUGCCACACACCUGCGGACCUGACCCCAAGAUCUGCUGCCAGUUUGACUUCAAGAGGCUGCCAGGCGGCCGAGUCAACUGUCCCUGGAAGGUUCCUCCGCGGGCCAUGGUGAAGGCCAACGUGGCAGAAAGGGCCCACCUGCUCUUGGACCAGUACCGUAAGAAGUCCAAGCUGUUCCGCAGUAAGGUGGUUCUGAUUCCGCUGGGAGAUGACUUCCACUACGACAAGGCCCUGGAGUGGGACCAGCAGUACCUCAACUACCAGAGACUCUUUGACUACAUGAACUCUCACUCUGAGAUGCAUGUGCAGGCCCAGUUUGGGAGCCUGACCGACUACUUCACUGCGGUUUACAUGGCCAACGGUGUGCCCCAGAGUGUCAGACCCCCAGAAUACCCGGUGCUGAGCGGGGACUUCUUUGCCUACGCAGACCGAGAGGACCACUACUGGAGCGGCUAUUACACUUCCCGGCCCUUCCACAAGAGCAUGGACCGGGUGCUGGAGUCCCAUCUCAGUUUACUGCGCUCCCUGCAGGGCCUGAAGAGAGUAAUCAUUAACGCAGCCCACUUCCUGGUAAUGAAAAACAAGGACGUGUAUCGCUUCUACCAGACAAAACCCUUCUUAGAGAUGGAUGAUAGGCAUGCCACCCAAGACUCCCUGCCCCAGCGCACCCUUAUCGAACUGGACCAAUCAGGACCUAGGUACCUGGUGCUGUUCAACCCAGUGGAGCAGGACAGGCUGUGUGUGGUGACAGUGUUGGUGAACUCUGUCAGGGUCCGGGUGCUCACAGAGAAUGGACAGACCCUCCCUGUACAGCUCAGUGCCCAGUGGAGCUCUGCUAGCCAGAUGAGCGCAGAGGGCUUCCAGGCCUCCUUCAUGGUGCGUCUGCCUGCCCUGGGCCUGGCUGUGUUCCAUCUGUAUGACUCUGCUGACACCCCCAUGACGCUGUGCUCUGAGACCCUGCUGAGGCUGUCUGGUCAGGGGCAGACUGCCCACGCCGUGGACCCCUUCCCAUUGCACUCCCAGACAGCAGACCCACAGCUCUUCUACAUCUCCACCCAGUCCCUUACACUGGGCUUCUCUGGAACCACUGGCCUGCUGGAUAGUAUCCAUCGUAAAGACGACCCCCAGGAGGUCAAGGUUCAGAUCCAGUUUGUGACAUACGGCACUCGGUCCACAAAGGACAAGAGUGGGGCUUACCUCUUCCUGCCUGAUGGGAAGGCUAAGCCCUACAGUCAGAAGGAGCCUCCGGUGGUGCGUGUGGUUGAGGGCCCUCUCUUCUCUGAGGUAGUGAUUAUGUACCAGCACUUCCAACAGACCAUUCGCAUACACAAUGUGCCAGGUCUGGACGGUCUGUCCCUGGAUGUCACCACCAUGGUGGACAUCAGAGAACAGUCUAACAAAGAGCUAGCCAUGCGUCUGGACACGGACAUCCAGAAUGACGACACCUUCUACACAGACCUCAACGGAUUCCAGAUGCAGCCCCGGCGCCACUUCCUGAAGCUCCCCCUGCAAGCCAACUUCUACCCCAUGCCCAGCCAGGCCUACAUCCAGGACAGCCAUCUCCGCCUCACCCUGCACUCUGCCCAGGCCCUGGGCGUCCCCAGCCUAGAGGGCGGCCAGUUGGAGGUGAUUCUGGACCGGCGGCUGAUGCAGGAUGAUAACCGUGGCCUGGGCCAGGGCCUGAAGGACAACAAGGAGACGGCCAACCGCUUCCGCCUCCUACUGGAGAGGAGGUCCACUGGCAACAAGCAUGAUGGCUUCUUUGCCAAACUCUCCAUGUUUCACUCUCUCGUCUCCUUCGCCCUGAGAGGCGGAGCUCAAGAGGUGGUGGACAGCAGACCAACCAGCUUCCCCUCCCUACUUGGUCACAUGACCUCGGCCAUCCUCAACCACGAGGUGCUGGCGCUGCCCGUGCUCCCCAAGAAGCGUGGCAUCCCUCCCUUGCACACCUUUGCCCCCCUUACAGGGGCCCUGCCCUGUGACUUCCACAUGCUCAACCUGCGCAGCGUCCAGCACCAGCAGGACACCCACUCCCCGUCUCCCUACACGGCCCUCAUCCUGCAUCGGAAGGGUCUGGACUGUGACCUGGAGACCCCCAACCCUGGAUUCAACUGUACCACUUCCGAGGAACAGCUGGGUGUGUCUUCUCUGUUCCGUAACCUAGACCUACAGCUGCUGCAGCCUGUGUCUCUGUCCCCUCAAAGGAGCUGA